GGCCUAUGGAUGGGCUGCAGCUGCACCGGUUCCCAGUCGAUUCCUUUUGGGGUGGCUCCCUCGGUCCCCUCAGCGAGGGGACAGAGCUGGCGGCCCGCUGCUCAUCUGUGACCUUUGCACCCCGACUAUGAGGCGAUGGCGGGAUCUUGGGGACGACCCGACUCCCGGAGCGGUUGACAUUCGAGGAUGUAUCCAUUGAUUUCUCCCCAGAGGAGCAGGAAUGCCUAGACCCUGCUCGCUGGAAUCUGUAUAGGGAUGUGAUGUUGGAAAAUUACAGGAGCCUUGUUUUUCUGGAUCUUGCUGUGUGUAAACCUGACCUGGUCACAUUUCUGGAGCAGAGAAAGGAGCCUUGGAAUGUGGAGAGACAAGAGUCAGGAACCAUAUGUCCAGAGAACCUCUACAAAUAUAACCAGUCUGGGAAAGGCUUCAUUCAACACUUAGAACUCGCUACCCACCCAAGUCUACAUGUUCAAGAGAAGCCUCAUAACUAUCAAGAAUGUGACAAAGCUUUUACUGAUAACACAACUUCUAAUCAACAACAGAGGGCUCAUAAAAGACAGAAGUUUUACCAAUGUCCAGAAUGUGGCAAAGCCUUCAGUAAUAGUUCAAACCUCACUCGACACCAGAUCAUUCACACGGGAGCGAGACCCUACACUUGUCCAGUAUGUGGCAGAGCCUUCAAUAAUUCUUCAGCCCUUACUCGACACCAGAUGAUUCAUUCUGAAGAGAAACCCUUCAAAUGUAACGUAUGCGGCAAAGCCUUUCACUGUUCUGCAUACUUUAACCAACACCAGAUCAUUCACACAGGAGAGAGAUCCUACAAAUGUCAUGAAUGUGGCAAAAGUUUUUACUAUCGCUCAACCCUUACUCGACACCAGAUCAUUCAUACAGGAGAGAGACCCUACAAAUGUCAUGAAUGUGGCAAAGCCUUUAAUAACAGGUCAACCCUUACUCGACACCAGAUCAUUCAUAAAGAAGAGAAACCCUACAAAUGUAACGAAUGUGAGAAAACCUUCCACUGCUCUGCCUACUUCAACCGACACCAGAAAAUACAUUCGGAAGGGAGUGUAUACAGAUGUCCAGAAUGUGACAAAACCUUUAGCUAUAUUUCACACCUUAACCAGCAUCUGAGAAUGCAUGCUAGAGAGAAGCUGUACACGUGUAAUGAGUGUGGCAGAGCUUUUAGGCGCUCUUCAUACCUUAACCAACAUCAAAGUAUUCAUAUUGGAGAGAAACCCUAUAGGUGUAAGGUAUGUGGUAAAGCCUUCAGCUGCUCUUCACAGCUUAGUAUACACCAGGUAAGUCACACUGUGGAGAAGCCCUCCAAAUGCAAGGACUGUGGCAAAGGCGAUCACUGUUCCUCAUACUUUGAUCAGCACCAGAGAGUGCAUGCUGGAGAUAGCCUCUACAAAUGUCAAGAGUGUGGCAAGGUUUGGGGCUGCUCUUCACAGCUUAUUCAGCACCAGAGGGUUCAUGCUGGAGAGAGACCCUAUCGGUGCAGAGAAUGCGACAAAGCCUUUACUUGUUCUUCACACCUUCAUCGGCACCAGGCAAUUCAUACUCGAGAUAAAUCCUACCAGUGUACAGAGUGCAACAAAGUUUUUAAGGACAGGUCAACCCUUUACCGACACCAGAGAAUUCAUACCGGCGAAAAGCCUUAUAGAUGCAAACAGUGCGGGAAAGCCUUUAACAACUCUUCAAAUUUCACUCGCCAUCAAAGGACUCACGUGAGGGAAACAUGACAAAGGUAAAGAAUGGAUGCGAAUAGCACCCAUUUUCACUUACUAAAUAGCCUCACACUGUUUAAAGCUGUACAAGACCCAACUCUCAGGUCCUUCCAAUAGAAACACUGAACUGCUUCCUGAGAAUUAUUGAUCUAUUUACUUCAGAGAUCACAUAGUGAAUAUUGGAAUGUUGUAUAGAUUGUAUGUGAAGUUUGUUUUGGUAAACAGAUAGAGAUUCUGAAUGUUUUAUCACUGGUAUAUAUUGAAUGACAUGUCAUUCUAUCACAGUCAUUGAACCACUGUGCUCAAGAAUGCAGGUGGCAGAUCCUACUUAAUACGGUAUUGAGAAAUAUUGAAUGUCUCAUAAUCCAUUUCCCCAGUGCCAUCAUUUAUUAACGAAUUUGGAGGAGCCCCCCCCCUUUUUUUUUCUUUCUUUCUUUUUUUUUUUUUUUUUUCGAGACAGGGUUUCUCUGUGUAGCUUUGCGCCUUUCCUGGAUCUCGCUCUGUAGACCAGGCUGGCCUCAAACUCACAAAGAUGCGCCUGCCUCUGCCUCCCGAGUGCUGGGAUUAAAGGCGUGCGCCACCACCGCCCGACCUUUUUUUGUUUUUUUGAGACAGGGUUUCUCUGUAACCUUGGCUGUCACUCAGUAGACCAGGCUGGGCUCGAACUCACAGAGAUCUGCCUUCCUCUCCCUCCCAAGUGCUGGCAUUAAAGGUGUGCACCACCACCGCCUGGCAAAAUGUAAUUUAUUUUUAUUUUGUAUUCAUUGUUUUGCCUGCAUGUAUGUCUGUGUGAGGGUGUUAGAAGCCGUGGAACUGGAGUUACAGACAGGUGUGAGCUGCCAUGUGGGUGCUGGGAAUUGAACCCAGGUCCUCUUGAAGAGCAGUCAGUGCUCUUAACCACUGAGCCAUUUCUCCAGCCAUGAGACUUUUCUUAUAUGAAUAACUUUUAUUCAUUCCUUUAAAUAAUUAUCCAGAAAAUAUGAAGGUUAUAGGAGUAUAAUAAUGUGUCAUAGUAUUCUGAAUCUUGAAUUGUUAUUUAUAAAAUUUUACCAGACCCUCCCCACCCCAUAUCACCUUCUUGGUCUCAAAGCACACAUAAAUAUUUGCCAUCCAUUUAUACAGACUCAGGUAUCCAACUAUUAAGAUCUAUCAGUAAAUUUUAGGGGAAUUGUAGAUGGAUCUGUUUGAAUAAUGAUUGUGAAGAGAAUUAUAGAAUUCUACAUAGAAUUAACAAAUUGUUAAUUUUAAAGGAGUUGACAAAUUAUAGCUAACUAGAAUCCUUACAUAUUAUGAGGGCAGAAUUUUUACUUUGUUUUGACUGAACUUAUUUCUUCAAAAUGACAAAGUUCUUGGUUUAGAAUAUCCUGUUAUUCUUUAGUGAUUUACCUGUUACUCAUGGAAGACAUAAUGUAUGAUUUGCCUCAUGAAGUUUAUGACUUUGUUGGUAUAACCCUUACCAUAUUUGAGAAGGCUUAAUUAAAUUUUAUAUUAGAAACUAAUUCUAAGAUGCUAUACCAUAGUGAACAUACAUAGAGAUGUUGUAGGAUAUUAUUUUAACUAGGCAAAGAUGUGUUACAUUUGUCUAUGCUGCUUUUGUUAACGAGGUAAAGGUGUGUUACAUUUGUUUAUGCUGUAUUUGUUUAACUAUGUAAAGAUGUAUUGCUGUUGCACCUUGCCUGUCUAAGGUACCUGAUUGCUUUAAUAAAAAGCUGGCCAGCCAGUAGCUAGGCAGGAGAGGGGUAGGCGGGGCUGGUGGGCAGAGAGAAUAAGUAGGAGAAGAAAUCUAGGCUUGAGAGAGAAGGAGAGAAUGAGACAGAAAGAGCAGGAGAUGCCUAGGCCCAGCCAGGCAACCGCCAGCUAGCAGACAGAUUAGGUUAUACAGAAAGAAAGGUUAAAAAGCACCAAGGCAAAAUGUAGAUGAAGAGAAACAGAUUUAUUUAAGUUAAAGAAAACCAUUAGCCAGAAACAAGCAUUAAGCUAAGGCCAAGCAUUCAUAACUAAUAAUCUAAGUCUCUGUGUCAUGAUUUAGGAGCUGGUUGGUGGCCCAACAGAGAAAAAGCUUGCUAUAUUUGGUGUUCCAGUGUGGAUGUGUAUUUCCGCGUAGGAACUGAGAAUGCUAAGGGAGAGAGAGAGGGAGGGAGAGAGGGAGGGAGAGAGGGGGAAGGGGAGGGUGAGAGAGAGAGAGAGAGAAUACAGCUCCUUUAAGAGGCUCAGUUAUACACCGAGCCCUUGAGCACCUAGCACGCUAAUUAGAAAGAAUGGGCUAAGUAAAAACACCUGCCACAGUGUGGGCAUCCACUUCCUAGGGCUGGGGUGAUUGAAUGAAGUUCCUGGUUUUAAAAAUGCAGCUCUCAGCCAGGCCCACGGGUGUAAUACUCAGUUUCACGACCUGAGCAUGGUGGAGCCAGCCAGCAGAGACGCCAGCACAAAGCUGCUCAGCAAUUUAAAAUUUGGCUCACGUGGUCAGAAAAGGAUGGAGAUACGCAGUAAAGCAGAUUCAGACAGAAAAAGCCUCUAAACAGGUUACAGUGUUUUUAAAAUUGCAUGUAGGCUUAAGAAAGGAAAGAAAUAUAGACAAUCAUUGAAAAAAAUAAAUAGUUUAAAAGUAAUAAAGUCUUUAAUGAAAGAGUAAAGUAAUAUAGAAAGGGUAUGACAUGUAAAGAUGAAAAAUAUACAGUGAGUCUGGAUCCUGUAUGGUGUUGUGUUGUCUUUGAAUGUUUGAAUGCUGAUGAGUGAACGACAGCUGUUGAGAGACAUGGGAUUGUAACAGGGACUGCUGAAUUAAAUCAGAUCAAAUACAUUAGGAAUGCCUUCACUUUAAAAUGGAAGUCAUAUAAUGUACUGCUUUGGGGCAGUGGUUAUGCUUUUGUUCUCACAGGAAACAAAAGGCUGUGAACUCAUUCGAGGUUGAUAGAGAUCAUGUUUGACUGGGGGAGAACUCUUGAAAAUAUGGGCUGCAGAUAUAAAAAAAAAUAAACCUAGUAAAACUAUAAAUCAGGUGACGUAUAUUUUACCUGCUCGAACAUAAAACAAAAAAAAUCAUCUUUGGCUGGCUUCUGUAUGAUGCACAGUCCAAACUUCUAUUAAUGCAGAUAUGUAUGUUAUCUUUGAAAGUUUGUGUGUUUUCAGAGCCACGGGACCAGACACCAAUGAAAACAGGUGGCCCAGGUAAUCUAGCCUCUCAGAGUGCCUCUGUUGUAUUUCCUGAGGGUUCUGCAUCCAGAACAGCUUCAAGGCUGUUGGCUGAGAUAUGGUCAAGCCUCAGAGACUAUUUUAGCUAGGACUGCAGAUAAGCCUGUGCUUUCACAUCGCACAGAGACUGGACAACAAAUAUUUUAACUAGUUUUCCCAGGACUUGAUCAUUAACUCAAUUUUCUCAGGUUCCCUAAAGAUGCCUUCACCCAUAGAAAACAGGAAGUAGUCUAGAGAACACAAUGCCCACAUUUCCAAGUGGUGGGGUGGGUGGUUUUUGGUCAUUCAGUGGGUUAUGGAUGUUUGUCAUUGUUUAAGAGAGGAUGAAGGAAUAUAGGAUAAAAAGACAACUAUUAAUCUCAAAUAUUUUACUAUGGUAUGGACUUUGGUAUAGUGAUACAAAUUUAAAGUUAUUUUUGUUAUGGUGAAUGCAUGUUUCUACUCUAGAUUGGGGUAUUUCUGCUUACGCAGCUCAUUUAAAAAUGUAAUGUAUAAUUAAGAAAUGAGAGUUAGGCCGGGCUGUGGUGGUGCACACCUUUAAUCCCAACACUUGGGAGGCAGAGCCAGGCGGAUCUCUGAGUUCGAGGCCAGCCUGGUCUACAGAGCAAGAUCUAGGACAGGCACCAAAACUAUACAGAGAAGCCCUGUCUCCAAACAGAAAAAAAAAUAAAAAAAUAAAAAAAAGGCAUAAGGGUUAGUAGUUAGUCAUCUAUAACACUCAAACUUAUUGUUAUGUUAGGUAUGUUUUCAAGAUACUACAGAGAUGUAUUUUAGAUAGAUAGAUGGUCUUCAUACACUUCAAAGACCUAUAGACUAUGACAUUAAGAUGUUUAAUAACCUGAGGCUCUUUAUGACAGUGAGACGCAUCUGUUCCUGGCAGCACCAAUUUACUUCAGAGAAGAUGAUGGGCAUCAAAGAACCUCCAUAUGGAGUUUGCUUCCAAUGUGGCAAAACUAGCCAUUUGGGCAAGAAAUUGCUCUUGCCUUGACUGUACAGACUGGACAAGCAGGACACAAAGGAAAAAGACUGUUGACCUGUGCUAGACAGAAGAGUCCUUCAAAUUUCCCACUGCAUAGAAAAGCCUGCCAGACAUUCUGCAGGACACAUGGGAAAACAACUGUCAAACUUUGCCAAGACUAGGCGGGGCAGUCCUUCAAAAUUCUGCCAUAUAGCCUUGACUUGUAGGCCAAAGAUGGAUGCCCCAACAUUGAAGUCACCUUGUGUGACUGUCCAGGCAGCCAGAUGUCUGUCAUUUCUGUAGUUUUGAAAGUGGCUUGCACUACACUUUCUGUUUACUUUGGGGUCUUUGAUGGAGUUGAAGACUAGAUAGUAAUAGUUUUUCUCUUAGUUAUGUUAGAAGGUAAAUUAGGUACACAAUUUUGGACUCACUAAGAUAGGAUUAAUAAUGGAUUAUUUUCUCUGAAUUUGCCAAAUGUGAAUGGACUGGAUAUUGUAAAUGUAAUUCUUACUUGAUAACUGUUCUUAUUGUAUAUAGUCUUACUAUGUUAAAGUUAAAACUUUUUUGUUUAGAUAAAAGGGGAAAUGUUAUGGAAUAUAAUUUUAACUAGGCAAAGAUGUGUUACAUUUGGUUAUACUGUGGAAUAUUACUUUAACUGUGUAAAGGUGUGUUUUUUUUUAUGCUGCAUUUGUGUCAAGGUGUGUUACUUUUGUUUAUGAUGCAUUUGUUUAAUGAUGCAAAGCUGUGUUGCUGUUGCACCUUGCCUGCCUAAGGCACCUGAUUGCUCUAAUAAAAAGCUGAGCAGCCAAUAGCUAGGCAGGAGAGGGCUAGGAGGGGCUGGCGGGAAGAGAGAAUGAGUAGCAGGAGAAAUCUGGGUUUGAGAGUGAGGAAGAGAGAAGAGAAUGAGGAAGAAAGAGAGAUGCCUAAGGCCGGGCAGGCAGCCAGCAGACACAGAGUAGGACAUUCAGAAAGAAAGAUUAAAAAAACCUCAAGGUAAAUGUAGAUGAAGAGAAACAGGUUAAUUAAAGUUUAAGAGAAAAAAGGCUAGCCAGAAACAAGCAUAUGCUAAGGCUAAGCAUUCCUAACUAAUAAUCUAAGUCUCUGUGUCAUGAUUUGGGGGCUGGUUGCUGGCACCAUCACACCAGGCAUCAUUUUUCCUUAACAAUAAGAUGAUAAUUCUUCCUUUCCAUUACAUAAGUGACGUGAAAUUUGCUGACCCAGUUUCCUCAGAUGACAACUAGGGAGCCAUCCUUUACAGGGUUCUGACAUUCGUGUGAAGCAAUCAAGGACACAGAACAGAAAUAGAGUAUAACAGAUGCCCCAGAAGCAGUACACAGUUCUCACCACUGGAAUGAAUUUGUUGCUGGGUGUAGCGUUUUAUACUCUAAUCCCAGACUUCAGAAACUGAGGUGGGCCAGCCUAGGCAGGCUCAAGUAUGCCCUGCUCUGUAGAGUGAGACUACCUCAAAAACAAAACAGAAAGUAUGUUCAUUUUCAUGUAGCUGCUGAAAGUGAAUGUAUGUUAAUGUGGAGUGAGUGUGCCUGUAUAAGGCUUCAGUGUGGACACUCCAAAGUUUUUUUUUUAGUGGGAGGACUGGAGAGAUGGCUCAGUGGUUAAGAGCAUGGCUGUUCCUCCAGAGGACUUGGAUUCAAUUUCCAGAACCCACAUGGCAGCUCACAACUGUCUGUAACUCCAGUUCUUAGGGAUCUGGCAUCCUCAUACAGACAUACAUACAGACAAGAACACCAAUGCACAUAAAAAUCUUUUUUAGAGAAUUUCAGCACUGCCUCCCAUGUGCUGGAAUUAAAGGCAUGUGCCACCUGGCUAAGUAUUUGCAUUUUUAUAUUAGCCAUUCCAUUCGCAGUAGGGUGUUAGUUUAUUGUGAUUUCCUCAUAAUUGGUGGUGUUGACCUUUUUUCAUGUGUAUUUUUUGAUAUUAGGUCUUUAUGCACUAUUGUUUAUGCAUUGUGUGGUGUGUGUGUGUGUCUAUGAAGUGUGUACAUAUAGUGUAUUUGUAUGUGUAUGUCUAUAUGUUUGUGUGGUGUGGGUAGUUAUUUUUAGUUAUUCAUGUUGUCUCAUAGACUCUUGGUUUCACCUUGAGCUACAUAUGCACAGUAUAAUCCUCUGUCACAGUUCGAUGGAUUUUACUUUUUCUCUUCCGUUUCCAUCUCAUGUAGGAACUUCCUGUUCUGAUUCACAGUUAUGAAUUUCUAUGGUACAGUUGUAUUUUGGGGUUCUGGGAGUUCUACAUUUAAAAUAUUUGUUAUAGACCCAUAAUAAUUGUUAUAUGAGGUAUGGUUUGAAGUUUUAAAAUGUAUAAACCUUGUAAUCAAAUGUAUAGUUACCAUACGUUUUGCCUAACCCUUUCUCAUUUCUCAUCCUAAGACUAUUGAGAAUGUCUUCUAGUUAAUUUGUGAAGGUAGCAUUACCUGUAUCAUGCUAUCAUUUAAGACAGAGGUUCUCAACCUGUGGGUUGUGACCCCUUUGGGGGUUGCAUAUCAGACAUUUACAUUACAGUCAUAUCAGGCUGCAUCUCAGAUUCAUAACAUUAGCAAAAUUAUAUUUAUGAUAUAGCAGUGAAAUAAUUUAUGGUUGUGGGUAAUGGGGAAGACGCUAAGAACGGCGGUGUAUGUGUGUGUGUGUGUGUAUAAUCUGAGGGAAAAGAAUCUAAGUACACGGUGCUCUUAUGUCCAUCCACUUUAUUCCUCUAAGACAAAAUUCUAUCGACAGAGCUUCAAUUUUGUUCUCCCACUCAGCUCCUCUCUGUCCCUUUUCUUCCUCCGAGUCCUAACUAAGCUCUUUUGCUCUGGACCUCAUCUUUCUCCUCCAAUCCUCCAUUCAUUUCAUCCUUUUUCUCUCCUGCUCUCCUGAUCUGACUCAAUCCACUUACAGUCUGAAAAACUCUCCAUGCUGCUUUCUCCUUGGGCCAAGCAACUCUGCUCUGAAUCUUGCCUUAAAGGCUUCACUGUACUUAGUAUGCAAAAAUCCUUUUCUUCUUAGUCAAAUGUUCUGGAAUGCCAUUUGGCCUUUGAGAGGAUGGAGGGUCUGAGCUUCAUUUGCACAAGAAACAAAAGCCAUGCAGUUAGGGUCAGGCAGUGUCUCUGGAAGGAUGUUUACCUUAAUUCAGGAGACUGUUUCCUGUUAUGGCCUAGGAUGCUUGAGGAGUAUUUCAGAUAAAUACACUGUUAAAGUUCUUGGGGAUGUUAUGAGCACAUAUGAAAUUCAUGGCAGGAAAUAACGGAUACAUUAAAAGCCGAAUAAUACCAAAUACUCCCUGAGAUUUGGCUUUCUCCUCUGGAAAGAAUUCCUUGAUUUUUUUCCAGGUAUAGCUUUGUCACAUACAGCUGAAUUUCUACUUUGUAUUUCUGCUGUGGCUCGUGUAACAAUAAGGAACUGUAUCCAAGGGUUGCAGCAUUAGGAAGGUUGAGAACCACUGAUGCAAGAGGGCAGGAGAAAGUAUUUUUCCUCUCUAAGUGUAACUAUCAAGUCCUCUGACCAUCAAUCCCUUGUCUUCCACUCUUCACCGAGGAAGCAGCUGUUCUACUUUCUAUUUUGUGAAGAAUACUUUUAAAAAAUGUGUUGGGUAAGUUGUCAUAUCUUUAACCCUAGCAUCCCAGGGGCAGAAACAGGCAUAUCUCUAUGAGAUGGAGGCUGGCCUGGUUCACAUAGCAUUCCAAGACACCAAGGGCUAUGUAAGACUUGGUCCCUGUCUCUGUCUCUCUGUCUGUCUGUGUCUCUAUCUAGCAUGCGCGCGCGCGCACACACACACACACACACACACACACACACACACACACACACACAUACACACACACGAGUUUCUUAUUUGAUAACAUAUGGUGCUCUCUUUAUGUGUUAUUCUUUGAGGCCAUUCAUGUUGCAAACCAAGGAAUUUAAGUUUUAAUGAAUAGUAUUCCAUUUUGUCCAUAUAACGUGUGUCCUUUCUGCUUCAUCUAUUGAUGGAUACUUUGUUCCCAUGUCUUAGCUAUUGUAAGUGGAACUGCAGUGUAUGGGAGUACACACAUCUAUUCAACAUGAUGCUUUCACUCCCUUUCAGUAUAUACCCAGUAAUGUGCUUAUUGGAUCAUCUGGUAUUGUUUAGUUUAUUGAAGAACAUUUACACUAGUCUAUGCAAUGGCUGUCCUAAUUUACAUCUCCAUCAACAUUGUAUAAAUAAUCCUUUUGCUCCACAUUGUCUUUUUUUUUUUUUUUUUUUUUUUUUUUUGGUGUUUCAAGACAGGGUUUCUCUGCGUAGCUUUGGAGCCUGUCCUGGAACUCACUCUGUAGCCCAGGCUGGCCUCGAACUCACAGAGAUCCACCUGCCUCUGCCUCCCCAGUGCUGGGAUUAAAGGCGUGUGCCACCACCACCUGGCCUCCACAUUGUUAUCAAUACAUAUUUGCAUUUUUUUUCCCAGACAGGGUUUUUGUGUGUAGCCUUGGCUGUCCUGGAACUCUCUUUGUAGACCAGGCUGGCCUCAAACUUGGGAGAGAUCUGCCUGCCUCUGCCUCCCAAGUGCUGGAAUUAAAGGCAUGCACCACCACCACCUGGCUACGUUUUUGCAUUUUUAUAUUAGCCAUUCCACUUGCAGUAGGGUGAUAUUUUAUUGUGAUUUAUACAUAAUUGGUGGUGUUGACCAUUUUUCAUGUAUAUUUUUUAUAUUAGUUCUCUAUUCAUUUGUGUUUAUGCAUUGUGUGUGUGUCUAUGAAGUGUGUGUAUAUAUAGUGUGGUGUGUGUGUGUGUGUGUGUGUGUGUGUGUGUGUGUGUGUGUGUACUCCUGCAUGUGUAUGUGGACACCCAAGGUGGAGUCUAUUUUCCUCUAUUGGUCUCCAGCCGGUGCUUACCAACUGGCUGGAUUAGUUGCCAAGUCGGUCCCCAGCGGCCUCCUUUGCCGCCUCUCAGCACUAGGUACAGUUAGAAUGUGUCAGAGACACUGCCUCAUCUAGCCCUACACUAUCCACAGUCAUUUUCCACAAGCCAUUCAGCAUCAUCCCAGAGUGUGGCCACUGCUGCAGGGCCAUGGCAGAGCUUCCUACCUGUCAGUCUCCCCACAAGCAGCAGCUUGCCCUGGCUCAAGCUGUGAGGGGAGCAAGACCAUACUCCAUCCCCACACACGCUGCUACAGCUGGCUCUCUUGUUCUGACAGGGGCUAAGCCAACACCAUAGCUCUUUUUUUUAUUGACUACACCUGGAAAGGACCCUGGGUUGAGUGAAUAACCUCCACACCUAGGAUACUUUUUUUUUUUUUUUUUCCAAAUGAAAGAUGUGCAUAACAUACUGAGGGGAUAAUGCCGACCCCUAAAACAACACUACUAAAAAUAAAAACAAAAACAACCUUAAUUUUUUCCUCCAGUGCGGUCAUAUAAUUUAUGCUUUUGUGACCCAUGGCCUAGGAAAUAAGAUCUUUUAGGAGUGCACUAGUACCCUGUAAUUUCUUCCUUAUGAACUUGGGGAAACAGUCCUUUGAACUGAAAUACUCAAGACAUGUACACCAGGGCUUCUUGGCCUUUGGACUGCAAUCUUGUACACUGGUUACAUAGGGGAGUGUGGGGGUUGUGGAAAAGUCUCACCUCAGUAAAAGAUGUAAGGACCGAGAAUAAGUUCAAGGACCAACACAUUUGCUCAGGAGCUAGAGGUGUAACCUGAGUUCGAUUCCCAGAACCUACGUAAAAGUGUAAGGAUAGAAUCACCUGGAAGGUUGUCAUCUGACCUACGCACACACAUCUUGGCAUGGACAGCCAUGCACACACAUUGUACACCUUCAAUAUGCUAAUAAAAAAUAGAAAUUAAAACUCAAACUUGUAACUAAUGUGAGGUGUUUCCUACAGUUCUAACCCGUGUUUCCUCCUGUGGCCUGACUUUGGCUUUUAUCUUGAAAUCCAACAUGACCAUCUUCACUGUACUUGCUGUGGCUCCAGCAUCCCCAGAGAAACUACGGCAAGCCCUUGGCUCUGAUCAAGACUGAGACAUGAGGCUGUGACGAUGACCCACUGGGUGAAGUGGGUAAAGGGCUUGUGUUUGCAUGUACGAGGACCUGAGCUUAGCCUCCCAGAUCCCAGGUACAAAAGUUUCCUAGUUAGGUGUCCAUCAAUAUCAUAAAAUUCCAUGACUAGAAGCAACUUGGGGAGGAAAGUGUUUAUUUCAUCUAAAAACUCCCAGCUGCUAUUUUUCAACAUAGACCUGCAUAAGAGUGAUCACCAAUAACCAUUUAAAAGGGUCAUUAUUAGACUGUCUUGAAAUCUCCAUCAAAGAAUUAGUCCAUUGCUUUUUUAUUAAACCCAGCAAAUUCUUAGGACCAGGGCAGAAAACAGCUACAUCCUUUGAAAGAAUGUAAGCUCAGUUGCUUCAUUCCCCUGUGAAACCUUUUGAUCCCAGCCUCUACAGUCCACAUAGCCCUCACCACUACUACCUUCCUGUCUCCUACUAGGAUGGUCCAUUAAGCUCUGCUUACAGUGUUCAUCUACUUUUCUACUCCAAAAUGUCAAAGUCCUCCACAAAACAACACGGUCAGUUUCUUCCCAGCAGCACCCCACUCCUGGUACCAUCUACAAUCUGUUACUUUUCUAUUGCUGUGGUAAAACACCAUGACUGUGGUGGUUUGAAUAAAAUGUCUCCUGUAAGCCUCUGGCUUUUGAAUAUUUGGGUCUCUAGUUGGUGGCUGUUUUGGGGAAGAUUUAAGAAACGUGGUCUUGUUUGAGGAAGGUGUCACUGGGGUGACAGGCUUUGAGGUUUCAAAGGGACUGGACCAUUUCCUGGUGUGUGUCUGCUCUAUGUUUGUGCACUAGGAUGUGAGCUCUCAGCUCCUGCUCCAGCACCACGCCUGCCUGACUCCUGCCAUGACCACCGCCAUGAUUGUGAUGGAUUUCUAUCCUUCUGUAACUGUAAGCCCCAAAUAAACUCUUCUAUAAGUUGC